AUGUCCACCAGCCAUUAUGAAGAUGAACUGGAAUCCGAGUUCUCAUAUGUUCAAUCAGAUAUUAUCCCCAGACAAAAAAUCACAUCAUCACAAUAUUCUGAUGAUCUACCACCUCCCAAUUUGAGUAGUAGAUUCAAUCCAACCCAUAACUUAGGAAGAGAUUCGUACAUGUCAUCAUUUUCUGAAUAUUCAGCUAAUUUAGAUUCAAAUAUAGCUCAACCAGUUUCUGUCAAAGUUGUCAAUGAACCAUUAGUACCAACUAUCAACAGAUCAUUAAGUCAAAAACAACAACAAGAAGUCAGGGAUCAAGAAUAUCAUUUGAAGCAGCAAUUGAAGAAUCAGUUACUUAAGGAUCAAGAAUUGAAGGAGAAGUUAACUGAAGAACAACAGAGAGAAAAAUUGGAGAAAAGAGGUAGUAAGAAAUUAGAUACCACUAAGAAUUAUAAUCAACUCACUCCUGAUUACCAAUACAAUACUAAUGUCGAGAACACUAUACCUCCAAGAUCAAGUAAAAGACCAAAGAGUGAAGUUAUUGAUACAACAAAUCUUCAAAAGGAAAUUGAUCAAUACAAAGAGAAGCACCCAUUACCCAAAGGUCAUAAUAAGAGAAUCUCUUUGGUUUUGAGUGAAGAUUUAGAUAAAUUAAUGGAAAGAGCAAAUUCCUUGAAAUCCACAACAUUUACUUUCAAUGAUUUACCAACAGAUGAUAGCUCUCUGGAACUGAAAAGUGUCAAUAAGAGUACUGAUCUGAUAGCUACUCCACCUUUGAAAUACAAAGGCUUACCUCCUAGACCAAGUGUUGAAAAUUUAGCAAGAGCUAGACAAGCUUCUGGGAAAGUUAAUCCACCAGAGGUCACAGAUAUUUCUGAUCCUGUAACUCCUACGCAAGCUAAAGGUCAUGAAUCAGAAGAUGAAUAUCAUUCACCUUUGCAGUCAGCAGUUGUACCACCUCAAGAUGAACCAUCAGAUGUCCCACCUCGUUCACCUCAAAGAACUCCUGAAUCACAAUACCCUGAAGAUUCUCCCGUAAAACAAUCCCCAGUUCAAUCUAUAAAAUCACCCGUACAACCAACCCAACCAACAUUUGAACCUCAAGAUUUGGAACCAACAAAUAAAGAAUUGAAAUCGGUAUCUUCCCCACCUGCUCCAAUUCCUGCUCCGGUGUUAUCACCUGUAAUUGAUAGGAAUUCAAAUAGAUCAAGUUUGGUAUCAAGUAAUUCAAGGAUUAAUCAAACUUUGCCACAACCACCAAUGUCUGAUAAUGAAUCCGUGCGUUCGAACGAACCUUUGAUAAAACAUUCAACAACUGAUUCUAAAAGAUUGUCAAGUGGUUACAUGCCAGUGGAUGAACCUGAAUAUCAAUUACAAGAUCCUCAAUUAAUGAAAGAUUAUUCACCAAAAGGUGAAGCCCAAGAGUUCAUGAAACCCCAACAAGUGUUUGAUGAUGAACAAGGGUCAUCUGUAAAUGAACAAGGGUAUCCUGGAUAUCCAACUCAUUAUCCAGAAGAUGAAUCGUUCCAUCAUAUACGGCCUCAUUUAUCUCCUGAACAAUUGCAAGAAAAAGAAGAUGCUGGAGAAUUAUCAGAUGACAAAGAACCUUUACCGAAAACCCCCGAAGAUGUUCCUAAUGCUGUCAUGGGUAUGGAAGGUCUAGUGACUCCAAUUCCCGGGCAAACCACUAUUCCAGGUGAACAUCCAUCUCAACCAAUGCAUCAUUCUCAAUUGUCUCAAGAUAAAGAUUUGGAAGAAUAUUAUGAUAUUGAAGAACCUCAAAUCGUCAGUAAACCUGCAAGAGCCAAAUCUGUCAAAGAUUCUACCAAACAUCCCACUCGAACCAAACUGAAAAAGAAGAGAAAGGAGAAAACCAAAUCUCAGCAAUUGAAACCAUUUUCCUACCAUACAUUGAUUAAUCUUUUAGAAAGUAUUAAUGGUACAAUCAUCGGAGAAGAAUUCAAUCAAUUGAAUCUCCCAAUGAAAGAAAAACAAUUAAUAGAAAAAAUCGUCGACCAAUUAUCCAGAUUAACAAGUGAUAUGGUACUUGACGAACAAAGGUAUGAGAUUGGAAUUGAUCGUUUGGAAAGGGCUUUAAGAGUAUUAGAAGGAUUUAUGUAA